CUCAAAUGCAGUACUAACAAGCAAAUAUAAAUGCUGAGUUUUUAACAGAUCAUGGACAGCCUUUGUAAUCUCAAUAAGGCCUGCAAUAACAACCAGUGCAAGGAUAGCCAGUAGUAGGAUAACCCAUCCAACAAUAGUACUCUUUUGAACCCAUUUUAGAUAUCAAUAUUACCCCUAAUAACAAAUACAAUAUCCCCAAUAGGUGUAUUCUCAAUACCCAUAGUAUCCUCAAAGAAUUCAAUAUGGAAAUGGAUAUUAGCAACAAAUGGUGUUGGUUCCUUAGACUGGACUUGUUGUUGCAGUUCAACCAAUCAACCCCAUAGUUGCUAAGGAAAUGGAGCUACGAUCAUAUACAAGAUAGUAAGCCAUUUAACACAACAUAGUUUUUAUGGAUGCAAUUGCUGUAUUGGUGUUUUAGCAAUGAUCUUUUUAAUCAUUCGCUGUGUGGCAACAUUUUCAUAAGGAGGAGCAGAUGUGGCAGCUGGUGUUAUGUAUAUUAUCUCGUAAUGACAUUGUAUUAAUCGAAGCGAUUUCUUUUUCGUUGUCGGAGCAAUAAUCGGCAUUUACUCGAUUAGUAGAUAUGUGGAAAGACUAUUAUUACAUUACUAGGUUCUAUUGAUUCUGGCUUUGAUCUUCGAAAUCAUUGGAUCCAUUAUAAUAUUUGCAACUUUUGAUAAUACUCAAGAUGACAAUAAUGAUAACAGUUCUGAGGAUGAAAAGGAAAGUCAAAGGAGUGUUGGGUAUUACUUCAUUAUAAUCAAAUAGAUUGAUAUUCUUUAUUAUUUCUCUCAUUAUUGUAGUCGUUUGCUACGGAAUGUUCAUUAGAUAUGCGAGACAAAUCAGAUGCAUGAUGAUUGAUUUGAAUGCCUCCAGGGCAAAUCUAUAGAAUUAGAUUGUUUAAUAAGGACAAAUUUAACCAUAAGGAGUAGUUUACUAAGGUGGCGGUCCAUAAAUUUGA